AUGGAUACCAGCAUCACUGCGGUUGUUGCUACCACAAAAGGAUUGGCAGUGGCCUGUCCUCCUGGUAUUGUUCACUGGUUUGAUCGCGUUGAGGAGAACCCAGUCGGAACUCAAGGGUCUCUAGCCAACACAAGCACCACAGUGCGUGAAACGUAUCGACUGACCAGGACUAUUCAUGUUCCGAUUGAUCCCACCAGUAGUUCCGAUGCUGAUCAAUUAAGUAAUCAAAGAAUCACACACUUGGUUGUCAGUCCAUCGGAGGAGAUCAUUGUAGCCAGUACUGAUGCACACCAAAUUUACAGUUUCAAUUUAAGCGCGGUAGAUAUUGGAGUCAAAGGUAAUGAAUACCUACAGAAGGGUUUGGUUUCCCCGUCGGUCAAGGGACCGCAAGUUCCAGCAGAAUCUGUUACUUUCGAACCUAUGGCACAAGCUUUUCAUCACGGACAAAUAUUAGGACUGGAUACUUGCAUUCGCAAACCUUUGAUUGCCACCUGUGCUGCUGAUCGAUCUGUGCGAAUAUGGAAUUUCGAAUCCAACACUCUGGAACUAUCCAAACAGUUUGCUGAGGAGGCGUACAGCAUCGCGCUUCAUCCAACAGGGCUGUAUAUCCUAGUCGGUUUCAGUGAUAAACUUCGUCUGAUGAAUCUGCUCAUAGAUGAUAUACGCACAUUCUACGAAUUUCCCAUACGCGGAUGUCGUGAAUGUGCGUUCAGCAACGGUGGUCACCUGCUAGCAGCCGUUCACGGAAACGUCAUUCAGAUAUUUUCACUCACAACAUUCGAGAAUGUGAACAAUCUCAAGGGUCACAACGGAAAAAUCCGUUGUAUUGUAUGGUCUAGUGAUGAUAACAAACUGAUUUCGUGUGGGAUGGACGGGGCUGUUUACGAAUGGGAUCCACAAAAGGGUAAGAGUUGCGUAUGUCUCAUGUUUGAAUCUCAGCCCCGCAGUUCUGCUAUCCGGUCAUUUUUGGAUAUAUUAUCCUCUUGUGGUGAACUACAGUGA